UAUCAACAUUUGUUUCUACAUUAUUUACUUCGAACCUUUAUAUUUUAUAUACUUUACCAUAUUAUUUUUAGUCGUGGUUACUACCAAUUAUUAGAUCGAUAGUUUCAGCUGUAUACACAUGUUGUUUUCUGUAUGAAAAUUUUGAGAAUAAUUAAUCCUAUAUAAAAUCGACUUUGAAUUAAUUAAUGAUUGAAAUCACCAUGAGGCAACUCAAAGUUUUUUUUUUUAUUUUGUGUGUAUUAAAUCUCACAAUUAUUAAUAGUUCAACGAAAACAGAAUGUGACAAAACAAAAUGCCGUGGACCUACUCGUUAUUAUGAAGAGUUAAGAUGUACACCAUUAUUUGAAACUCUUGAUAGUUGUUGUCCUUAUCAAUAUGAUUGUAACCAUUUAAAAGAAAGAUUACCGAAUAAAUGUUACAUUGGAGACAGUGUAUAUAAUAUUAAUGAUGAUCUUGCUGAGCAUGAUACAAAUCCUUGUGAUGUUGAAUGUACAUGUCGUAAAAUAAACGACAGAGCCAGAUUUUAUUGUAGUGUAGUAGAUUGUCCUUCUGAUGGAUUGGUUGAAGGAUGUUAUCUACGUCGUAAUCAAACGCAAUGUUGUGCCGAAGUAGUUUGUCAUCGAGACAGAACACUACCUCAAUGUAUGGUUGAUGGAGAAAUUUACAUGAGUGGGGAAGAAUUUGUUCCGAAAUCGAAUCCAGAUCAAAUUUGCCAAUGUUAUUCAAGCCAUUCAAAUGAAUACGCUGAAUUACUUUGUCGUAAAAAUGAUCGACUUUGUAACAGUGAACUCUAUUUUCAGUAUAACGAAUCAUGUGUACCCGUUUAUUUUCCAAAUGAGUCUCCUCAAGCUGCUUGUAGUUUUAUUUAUCGAUGUUAUAAUAAUAAUGACCGGAUUAUUAAGUAUCGUUUAGCUCAUACACAAAUCGAAAGAGAGACAUUUUGUAUAUUUGGAGACUUAAUACUGAGUUAUGGAGAUCGACUAACUCCAGAAACAACAUAUGACACUUGCAUGAAUUGCACUUGUGAAGUUGGUCCAAUGCUUACAUGCCGGCAUUUCCCUAAUGGCAUUUGCGACCAUAGGAUAAUAUAUUGAUAUAUAAAAUUUCUGGAAUUAUGUAUGAUGAACAAGUUGAAUAUGACUUAUAAAAAGUCAAUAUCAUUUUUUAUUAUAUAAAGAAAAAAAAAAUAUUUUUAGAAAAUCUAGUUGCUUUGUAAAACUCCAAAAAAUAAAGGUUUCUUGUUUUGGAGCAAGUGCUCAUCCAAUGGACAAAAUUAUACAAAAAUAAUA